CCAACUCACAGCUAGAGGAGCCAAUACUUCAAGGUCUUCAUGAAGCAAUAUACAUUGAUCAUAUUGUGGCUGUUGCUGAUGACCACGCUAACUAAUGCUGAAGAUGCAUGUCCAGAGGUAAAAGUUAUUGGUGUUGGAGACUCUGACAAGCUGACUAUACUCAGAGGAUGUCCAGGUAUCUCAGGACCUCCAGGAAUGAAAGGUGAUGCUGGACCACCGGGGAACAAAGGGAGAGAAGGACUACCCGGGAAAGCUGGGCCUCAGGGACAAAAAGGAGAACCUGGAGUCAACGGAAUACAAGGAGAAAAGGGAGAGAAAGGAGCUGGCACACAUGACUCUAUAUACGCUGCCAGGAACUGCAAGGAGCUCCUAGAUCAAGGCUUGGUGCUCAGUGACUGGUACACAAUAUAUCCAGAUGGUCAGAAUCCCAUGAAAGUGCUGUGUGACAUGCACACUGAUGGAGGGGGCUGGAUAGUUUUCCAGAGACGAUGGGAUGGAUCAGUCGAUUUUUUCCUUGACUGGAAAUCUUACAAGACUGGCUUUGGUAGCCGAUUGAAUGAAUUUUGGUUGGGGAAUGAUAAUAUUCACAUGAUAACCUCAUCAGAUGUGUGGGAGCUGCGGGUUGAUCUGCAGGACUUCGAGAAUACAAAGCAUUUUGCCAAAUAUGCAUCAUUUAAAAUUUUGGGAGAGUCUGAGAAGUACGCAUUAAAACUUGGAGCUUUCACCGAGGGCAAUGCAGGGGAUUCCUUAUCGUAUCAUAAUAAUAUGAAGUUCUCCACUAAAGACAAUGACAACGAUCCAAUUAAAAGUAACUGUGCACAACAGCAGAAAGGAGGCUGGUGGUAUUCUAACUGUCAUUACGCAAAUCUAAAUGGUCAAUAUUUCUUAGGACAGUAUAGCGCUUCUUCAACUGGCAUCGUCUGGAAAACAGGCAAAGGCUAUAGCUACUCCUACAAAUACUCUGAGAUGAAAAUCCGGCCUGUCAAAAAAUAAAAA